ACUAGCGGCCUGCCCUCGCUUCGCUUCGGUGUAGAGCUGAAGCGUAGACUACAGUUUUUGUUCUCAGGCUUGUUUUAUACACAAUGACAUUCAUCUAUGAUUAUUCUUAUACCUGCAUGCAAAGUCUCAGCCCGUUCGGUUUUAAAAUUGACAAAGUUUCAUACAAACUUUCAUUCCCUAUUUUAUCCCCUUGGGGGUAGAAUUGAUCAAAAUCCUUUCUUAGCGGAUGCCUACGUCAUAACAUCUACCUGCAUGCCAAAUUUCAGCCCGAUCCGUCCAGUGGUUUGGGCUGGGCGUUGAUAGAUUACUACGUCAGUCAGUCACCUUUGAGUUUUAUAUAUAUAGAUUAUAAAUAAACUGAAGAUGGUAUAUUUAUCUUUUCCAAACUUCUAUUGACAUCACGUCGCUCAAUUGUUUUGCCUUCCCAGAAUCUCUCCACUAACAUUUGAAAUUUAUGGUAUGGUAUUAAAGUUCAAAUUGACUUUUAAGUAUUAUUACGAAUCGUUUGUAUGGGAGUAAAGAAAAGUUUUGUUUUUUGACAUUUCCAGGCAUUUUUUUAAAUUUUUCUCUUCGUAAGAACCAUCCUCGUACUUCAAGGAAUAUUCUAAAAAAAAAUCAGCCAAAUCGGUCAAGCCGUUUUCAUGUUAUGUCGUGACAACGGAAAACGGGUUUCAUUUUUAUAUAUAUAGAUUUGACCGAACUAUAAAACAAAAUUGCCUUUUUAAUUCUUAAUUCCGUUUUCGUUCUUAAAUUAUUGACAAACUUACAAGUAGCGAGGUAAUUUUUUUCAAAAUUGUAUGGAUGCUUACGCCCAAGAUACCUUUUUUGUCAUGUAAUAUGAAAUACUUAUACUUAUUUUGUGGCUUUACAUGGCCAGUUCUUCUCAAUAGGUAAUUUUCAAGAUUUCCCGCGAUUUCUGGUUUGAGAAGCCAUAGAGUAAGUAGCUUUUAAAUUUUCAUCUUAAUGUCUUGAAAAACCUUAUACUGAAUAAAGAAAAAAACAAUUAGGAAUCUGUUUUAAUUAAAGCACUAAACAACUUUGAGCGUUUCCCUAAAACAAUUUAACGGCACUGCGGUCUUUCUCUACAGAAACACUAACUUGUUUAAAAGGAGGUGCUAAACUUAGAUUUGUUUUAAUCUGAGGUGCUAAAGCUUUAUUUAGAUUAAGAUAUGUGUACUGUUUAUUAUUAAGUAUAUCUUAGAAAUUCAGUUACGUCAACAUCUCAAAUCAAAACAUUUGCAUAUUUCAUAAACAUACCGGUUCAACAAACAUGUCUGUCGUUAGUGACGCUAUUAUCUAACUAACCUGAUUAUGCAUAUACUUAAUACGAACAUCAAAAUUCCACCGAAACAAAAAUCUAAGAUGGUAUUUUUAAAUCAGCCUAAUAGUUUUAAAAGUAACAUUAGACACUACUUAGGGAAAAACCGGGAGACUUGCCCAGGUGGGAGAGUUGAACCAUCUUUCUUAAUUGCAUUUAAAUUCAGCGCAAACAAAACGUCAUUUCGUUCAUUGGUCACAUGCAAGACGCCAAUUACAAAGAAACAGUUUCUAAAAAUUUAUAAAUUACAAAGCUCUGAAUUGCUUUGUAUCGAUAAUACAACUGUAUAAAAAGCACUACUUACUUAUAAGCAUUAAAUCACUAAACCAACUAUUAGCAUUUUACCCAUCAUUUUAUUUUUAAGCAGUUUUAAUAUUUCACCUCCUUAUUAAUUCAAAAAUCAUGCCUAGCAAACAAUAAUGGCAAAAAUAAAGAAAUACUUACUUAAAAAAUCCCUUUAAAUAAAUAUUUCUCUUGUUUUUUGGAGUAUGUUUUAAUAUAAUAAGCAAGUUUUCAUCCAAAGUUUUCAAGUUAACAAAUAGCCGUGACGGCGUAAAGCAUAACAGAGUAACAAGCAUGUGCGUAUUUUUUUUACGUCAACUACUUCAUUCAUUAUUGUUUGUAUUUUUUUUUAUGUCACCUACUUAAUUAAUUAUUGUUAGCUUAAUAUAAUAGCCAAUUAGUAAAUUAACUGUCAUUCAUUUUGUAAGCGCAUACUCGUGCUUACGUGACAAAACAAUAUCGUAAAGUACGUGUACAUAAGGUUGAACACAAAGGUGUAUUUUUAAUCUGCUGCCCCGGCCCAUGGCCUCUUGGCCCUAGGUAGGGUUCGCCACUGGCCGAACCAUAAUUGAAGUGUCACGCACGGCCAAUAGUUUGUCAACAUUUCACAUCAAACAAUGCGUAAUUAAAUGAACGUGGAAAUGGAUUGAUUGCAAGAUGUAGAUAAUGUUCAAGGUUAAAUAUCCAAAUGAUUGUCAUAGUAACAUUGGGAAGUAUCUUUAAUUAGAGAAACUUCCAGAUUGCUUUCAGGGCUCUUUUUACAUUUCAUAAUACUUAAAUUCAAACACAAUUACUACCUAUAACUCGUUUGAUGGUAAGCGGCGGCCAUCGAAGCCAACAAAAGCUUGCUAUACCCUGAACCCAUUUCCUAACGCUUAAGCGUUUAAAAGAGUGAGUGAUAGUUGAAGUAGCACAGCAUGCUGCGUUACUUCAACUAUCACUCACUCUUGAUCCAUGAUCAACCAGAUCCAUGGAUCUGAGCUGCCCGGGGCUGACAAAAAUGGAAGUGUGAUUUGUGAAAUUGCAAGUAAAACUUUUAAAGUGUUUUUGUGUGUUACAUUGACUCAAUUUUAUUUUCUGGCUUAUAAAAAUUGGAAACCAAAAAAGUCAUUCAUCGGGUAGGAAUUGAACCAGGGCCGCCCGAGUAGCAGGCGAGCUUUCUAUUACUGAACGACUGCAUCGAUGCUUGUUUAAUAAGGUCUGCAUUUUUCAAUAAUAAUUAAAACGUAAUGCGUCAUGCUAGAGGUGAACGAAAAAAAUAUGGGGAUAUAAUAAAAAAAAAACACUUUAAAACAUAGUUUAAUUUUGCCACAGCAUCUCAGCACUUACCCUCGCCUAGUAAGCACGAUAUUUUUAUGGAUAUUUCUGGAGCUGAGUGUUCCUAUUCUUAUUUAGUAAAUUUCCAAUGCACUUGCAAGUUGCAAUGGAAAUUUCAAUUGCCUAAGACACUGCUUUUCCCUGUCAGGGUUCUUCGCAAUACAAAGAAAUUUUAUAAUAACUGAGUAUAUUGAAUGCAGGGAUUAAAUUUACGAUGUUUGUUCCAGUUUAUUUUCGAAAAUGGCACUCACGACGAAAACCUACUUACGAGAGAGAAGUUCCUGGAAGUCGGGGCUAGAAUGGAAGCCCGUCAGGAUUACAUGAGGAGCGAGUGCUCCAAGCUCGGCUUGGACAGCUCCAGCAACAAAGCCAAUGCGUGGGAGUAUUUGGUGAAUAGGCAGUACCAUGUCAUAUGGUGCAACGUUUUCAAAGCUGCCUCGACAUCAUGGAUGUACAAUUUCAACCUGAUGGCCAACUACACCGCUUCUUUUCUGGAUAAGACGAAAGAGGUCCCUCUAGAACUAGCGAGACGGAAGUAUGGCAGACCAACUGUAGCAAUGAUAAAGAAGGCACAAGCGGAUUCCAUCGCGUUCAUAAUCGUUCGACAUCCUUUGGAGAGACUGGCAUCUGGGUACAACGACAAAAUUGUACAUGCAUGGCCCAAGUCCUUCCACGACAAAUUAGGACAGAAGAUUUUGAAGAAAUACAGAAAGGUGCCAGCAGACCAGAAAGCGCCCACUGAGACGCACCCGCUGUUUGAGGAGUUCGUGAGCUACCUCCUGGACGAGUGGAAGGCCAAGCGAGCGCUGGACAUGCACUGGACACCGUACACCGGUUUCUGUACGCCGUGCAAGUUCAACUUCGACGUCAUAUUGAAAUUCGAGACGUUAGACGAAGAUCAAAGGUUCUUAAUACAGCUGGCGCGCCUACAGAACAUCGUGAAACCAGAGUGGAGGAAUAGCGGCAAGGCAAACACGUUACACGAUAUCAGCCAUCUCUACUCAAGAAUUACCAAAUCACAGCUGGAUGGCCUUUAUAGGCUCUACGAAUAUGACUUCAAGAUCUUCAACUACACAAUAGAGAACUAUUACGAGAUAGUGAAGCCGGACGAGACGAGCGCCCACAGAUGA